AUGACGUUAAAACAGCUAGCUAUGGAUGAGAGAUCUCGGUUUCCACGGGCAGCGGAAACCACAGAGCAAGCAUUUUAUACAGAUGACCUAAUAUAUGGGGCUCAUUCUAUAGAAGAAGGAUGCAGCAUGGUAACGGAGUUACAGGAUUUGUUGCAUGCAGGGGGCUUUAAAUUAAGAAAAUGGGCCUUCAACGAACCAAGCAUAUUGAAAAGGCUUUCGGAAAAGAUGAACCGAGAGCAAAAUCAGCAAAUAUUUACGUUUAAAGGGGAUCCUAUUUCAAAAACAUUGGGGGUUUAUUGGAACCCGAAAGAAGAUUGUUUUAUGUUUCAAUCAUCAUUCGAUUUCUCAAACAAAACGACUAAAAGGGCGCUUUUGUCAGAUAUAUCCAAGUUAUUUGACCCACUGGGUUGGUUAGCUCCUGCAAUUACGGCAAAGAAAAUAAUUUUUCAAGAAAUCCAAAGCCUCAUACCACUCAGUAAAGGAAGCAUUGAGUCAGGAUUACCAAAACAAUAUUUAGUUAAUAUAGUACAAAGUAAGGAUAGCAUAGUGAAAGAAAUCAUAGAAAAUUGCAGCAGUUUCUCACGGGCAAAAAGGGAACGGCACCUCACAUUAGCUGAAGUUAAGGAAGCAAAAUGGAAGAUAAUUAGUCAGGUACAAGAAGAAGAAUUUUCCUAUGAGAUAGAAAAAUUGAGAAGGAAGGAAAGCAUUCACAAGAGUAAAUUAAUUGCGUUGAAUCCAUUUCUUGGAAAAGAUGGUCUUCUUCGUGUGGGGGGAAGGUUGCGGAACGCUUUCAUUAGUGAAGACAUGCAGCAUCCCAUUAUAAUUUCACAUGCUGGCAGGCUAACUGAUUUAAUAAUAGACCAAGCGCAUAAGCUUACGUUUCACAGCGGCCCUCGCCUUACAUUAUCACUUAUCAGACAGAAGUACUGGAUUGUGGGUAGUAAUAGAGCAGUAAAGAGGCAGUUAAGGUUAUGUGUGACAUGUGUUAAGAAUAACCCUCGGCUGCAAUAUCAAUUAAUGGGUGACUUGCCUGAAGCACGGUGUAAUCCCGUACGGCCGUUUAAGCAUACAGGAGUUGAUUUUACGGGAUUUAUUAUGAUUAAGAGUAGCAAAGGACGAGGGAUGAAGUGCACAAAGGGUUACAUUGCCGUAUUUAUAUGCAUGGCUACAAAGGCAGUGCAUUUAGAAGUAGUAUCGGAUUUAACUACUUCGGCUUUUCUAGCAGAUUUAAAGAGAAUCCGGCUCGAAGGACCAAAAUGUACGGUUCCUGGGUCAUCAGGUGGUAGAAAUAAUAGAAGAUUUGUAGAUUACCUUAUAUUCACCACUUCCGUAUAACAAUAGACUAUGAGCGAUAUAAUAAAAUUAUAAUUAAACAAUCGAUGAGAGUGCCGACGUCUGGCUAUGCUCUCAGGGUGUAACUCCCAUGACUUAGUAAAUGCAGAUGCCGACGAUAUAGGAAAUCGUCAUGCUUAUAAAGUGAUUCAAGUGUAUAACCAUAGCACGUACAUACAAUGGAAAUCUUCACGUUUGUACUUGAGCAUAAUGUAUGAGCCUUGGCACGUAUAUAGGGAAACAUCACGCUUACAAGACUAAGAAACCUAAAUAA